AUGGAUAGUGUGACCACGGUCGAGACUAUGGCGCUGCUGCAGGAAAAGCGACAGCAGACGUGCACGGCUCGAGCGCUCGGCAGAAUGGUAACUUCCGACAAUGCUGCGACAGUCUCUUGGAUCCUCAGUAACUUUCCUGAGGCCCUACAGCUGAUGACUGAGAACGAUUACACGCCGCGAUUCGAAGUGUUGCUGUUUCUGCGAGACCAGUACCCAAGCGCACUCACCACGAGUUCCAUUCAGCACAAUAUUCGAUGGCGUUUGGACUGCAUCGACGAGGCAACAGGUGAAAUCGACGUCCUCGGAUGGCUUCUAGACAACUUUCCCCAGCUUAUGAGUGGCAUGAAGGCAGAAAUGAGGGAGAAGAGGCCGGAUGCCUUUUUCACGGAGUCACUUUUCUAG